AUGGAGUUUUUACAUUCCACGGCAAAAUAUAUCCAUCUUUCAAUUCAACCUAGUGCUAUUUUCAUCAAUGAGAAUUCAGAUUGGAAAUUAAGUGGGUUUGGUCACAUUCAACCUGUUGAGUCUGAAGAAUUUUUCAUCCCGCAAUAUGAUCCAAGAAUGCCAACUUUUGUUAAUAUUAAUUUAAAUUAUACUGCACCUGAAGUUGUUUAUGAAAAUAAUAUAUAUCCUUCAAGUGAUAUCUAUUCAUUAGGUUGUUUUAUUUAUUAUUUAUAUACAAAAGGUGAAAAAACUGUUGUUAGUUGUGAUAAUUCAACUACUUAUUAUAAAGAAGAUUAUGAAAAAUUUGAAAAUAGACUUAGACAAAAUAACCCCAAAACAGUUUUCAAAAAUGUUCCAGAAACUUUAUUUCAAGUAUUACCACAAUUAUUAACAAGAUAUCCAAAUCAAAGAUUAUCAAUUAAAGAAUUUAUUGAAAGUGGUUAUUUUAAUAAUCCAUUAGUCAAGACUAUGAUCUUUUUAGAUGAAUUCCCAACAAAAUCUGAUGAUGAAAAGGCAAUUUUCUUAAAAUCAUUAGUUAAUUUAUUACCAUUAUUCCCAACUACAAUCCUUCAAAAGAAAAUAUUACCAAUCUUGUUAGAUUUAUUAGGUAAAAAAGUUCUGCCAUUGAUUCAAAUAACAUUAACCAUAAUAUUAUUGAUUGGUAAUACUUUAUCACAAUUAACAUUCCAUGAUAAAGUCUAUUUAACUCUAUAUGAUGAUAAGUUAUUAUCAUUACCUGAAGCUCAAAUAGUUAUGCUUGAAAAUCUGAGUAUACUACAACAAAAAGUUAAAAAUGAUGAAUUUAAAAAAUUGUUAUUAAGACUUACUGAUAAAGUAUUAGAUCUAAAGAGUAAUUUCCAAAUACAAACAAAAGCAUUAGAAAGAACUGAUAUCAUGUUAGAAUCUAUUGAUUUCCCAACAAUUAAAAAUAAUAUCUUCCCCAAAAUAUGUGGAAUUUUUUCCAAGACAACUUCAUUAACUGUUAAAGUUAAAGCUAUUGAUUCAUUUGUAUUAUUGAUUGAAAAAAAAGGUAUUGAUAAAUUCACAGUUAAUGAAACAUUAUUACCUCUUUUAAGAUCUAUGAAAACUAGAGAAGUGAAAAUUCUUGAAGCUGUUUUGAAUGUUUAUAAAACAUCUGCUACUAUUUUGGAUGAAGAACAAAUUGUGGAACAUAUCAUUCCUCCAUUAUGGUUAUUAUCCAUAUCAUCAACUCUAAAUCCUAAAUCUUAUCAAGAUUAUAAUAACGUGAUUAAUGAUAUUACUAAAACCAUUCAAACUAAACAUAUGGAGAAAUUAAGAGCUUUAGAAGGUAGUAAACCACCUGCUGAUGAAGAUGAUACAGAAAAAUUUAGACAUUUAUUAUAUGGGAAAGAGGAAACUACACAGGCACCAGCACAUGUUGGUCUAAGAGAUGCUCCAUUAUCAACAACAACCAUUCAACAAGCAAUGUCCACACCAGUCAUAAAUAAUUCCACACCAGUUAUUAAACCAAAACUAAAAACUGAACCAUUAACUCUAAGACCAAGUAAACCAAAUCAAAAAACUAAUUUAAAUUUCGGAUCAAAUUCACAAAAUGUUCCAAAAGCUGUACAAAAUUUAAGAGCAACACCAUCAUUAAGUCAAGAUUAUAAUGAUGAUUUUGAUGAUUUUGUUUCAGCACCAUCAACAAGAAACGUUACACCAACUUUACAACCAACUUCACCACCUGUACAAACAACAACUUUACAACCCCAAUCAACUAUAGAUUGGUCAGGUGAACAAAACAAGAUUGGUGGGUUUGGUGUCUUACAACCAUCAAAUAGAUCAAAUAAAUCAUCACCAGGUUUUAAUAAUGCUUCAUUAUCAUCAACAAUUAAUACAAAUGGUGUUUCAAAUAAUUUCCCACCUGGGUUUUCCUCUCAACCGAUCCAACCUGUUAGAAAUAAUAGUAUGAAUCGCUCAUCAAGUAUUAAUAAUAACAAUAACAAUAACCAGAAGUCGAAUUAUGAUAUAAGUCUAAUAUAA